CUGAAAUCCAACUAUGGUCUUCAUGCUCAUGGGGUAACAAGAACAAUACUUUCAACUACCAACUUCCUUGGUCACUAUCUCCAUGCAAUCUUUCUGCAGAACAAUUGCCAUUUAUCAAUGGCGGUAGUUUCCACUGAGUUAUUCCCUCAUAGUUUCCACCCUACCACGCAACUCAAACCCUCUUCUCAUUCCCACCACCCCACUGCUUUGAGUUGCAUAGCUUCUUCUGCUUCUGCUUCCUCUUCAAUCUCAAAUGGCAGAAACAACAGCUCCAGAAACCUUACAAGGGUGUCUGUUUCUGCUGAACCAAAGCCAACACAGUUGCAGAACUAUGAUUUCAAAGAGAUCCACUUGAUGAAAGUCCUCAACAGGUCUUGCAAAGCAGGGCAGUACAAUGAAGCAUUCUACUUUCUUGAGCUCAUGGUCAACAAGGGCUACAAGCCUGAUGUGAUUCUCUGCACCAAGCUCAUCAAAGGGUUCUUCAACUCAAGAAACAUCGAAAAGGCCAUUCGGGUUAUGCAAAUCUUGGAACAGUAUGGGGAGCCUGAUUUGUUUGCAUACAAUGCUUUAAUCAGUGCGUUCUGUAAGGCCAACCGGAUUGACUCAGCAAACAAAGUUCUUGAUAGAAUGAAGAGUCGGGGGUUCAAGCCUGAUGUUGUUACAUAUAAUAUAAUGAUUGGGAGUCUUUGUAGUAGAGGGAAGCUUGGGUUAGCCUUAAAGGUUAUGGAUCGUUUAGUGAAUGAUAACUGCAAGCCUACUGUGAUUACAUACACAAUAUUGAUAGAAGCUACUAUACUUGAUGGUGGGAUAGAUGGAGCUAUGAAGCUUUUGGAUGAGAUGGUGUCCAGAGGGCUGAAACCUGAUAUGUAUACUUACAAUGCCAUUGUUAGAGGAAUGUGCAGGGAAGGAAUGCUGGAUAGAGCUUUCGAGUUUGUUAGGUCCUAUGAUGCCAAGGGCUGUGCGCCGAAUGUGGUCUCAUACAACAUUUUGUUGCGUGCUCUUUUGAACCGUGGGAAAUGGGAGGAAGGAGAGAAUCUGGUGAGCAAUAUGUGUGCAAGAGGUUGUGAGCCGAAUGUUGUGACUUAUAGCAUCUUGAUAAGCACGCUGUGCCGCGAUGGGAAAGUUGAGGAUGCAGUGAAUGUGUUGAAGAUUAUGAAGGAAAAGGGGUUAACUCCAGAUGCAUAUAGUUAUGAUCCAUUGAUAUCUUCUUUCUGCAAAGAAGGGAGGUUAGAUUUAGCAAUAGAGCUUUUAGAUUGUAUGAUAUCGGAUGGUUGCUUGCCAGAUAUUGUGAACUACAAUACAAUCUUGGCUGCUUUGUGCAAGAAUGGGAAUGCUGAUCAGGCUUUGCAAAUCUUCAAGAACUUGGGUGAAGUCGGUUGUCCUCCAAAUGUGAGUUCCUACAACACAAUGUUCAGUGCCUUGUGGAACAGUGGAGAUAGAGUGAGGGCUUUGAGAAUGGUAUCAGACAUGGUAAGCAAAGGAAUUGAGCCUGAUGAAAUUACAUACAAUUCGCUUAUAUCGUGUUUGUGCAGAGAUGGGAUGGUGAAUGAGGCCAUUGGUUUGUUGGUAGACAUGGAAGCUGGUGGUUUUCAGCCUACAGUUAUCACUUACAACAUUGUUCUUCUUGGGUUGAGCAAGGCUAGGAGGAUUAUUGAUGCCAUUGAAGUGUUCACAGCAAUGGUUGAAAAGGGUUGCCGGCCUAACGAAACUACUUACAUUUUGCUGAUUGAAGGAAUAGGAUUUGCAGGAUGGCGAGCUGAAGCUAUGGAGCUUGCAAAGUCUGUUUAUAAUUUACGGGCCAUUUGUGAAGAUAAUUUUAAACGCUUGAACAGAACCUUUCCCAUGCUUGAUGUUUACAAAGAGCUUACUCUGUCUGAGAUUAAGAACUAGAGAACACUGCAAACUUUGUCUUCGAAUUCUGUAUUUACUAAUAUGAACAUUUGCAUAUUCUUUCUUUAAAAUCAAUGAAUACACGU